AUGUCAUUUACACCUCCGAGGUCAAAUGGGGAACUUGAAGUCAGAGUAUCAUGGAAAAGAAUAAGGUCUUACUUUGCCCACCUUGAGCAUGAGGAGGAAACGCGAAGAAGUGCAAGCUGUAUCGAGAUGACACUGGUUAUUCUAACAAAAAGGGAUUCUUCCUUCGGAAUAGAUACGGUAACUUAUGAAGGAGUGCAAGAUCGUAAUGGGAAAGGUGAUGUCACUGAAGAAAGACACGUUGAAACAGAAAGAUGUGUAACCAAUGGACAUGAAAUUGUGAGGAAUGUUGUUUGGGAGAAGAAAAUUAAAUCUGGGAAGAGUGCCCAAAGAAAUAUUCUUCAAAUUCCACAUCAUGUGAUAAAGAGUUAUUUUCUUAGGGGUCUCGACAAGAAUGAGAUGGUUGAUUCAGAUACUAGAGAAGUUUAUGAUGUGAAGUGCACACUGCACAAAGGGAAAAUUGUGUAG